AGAUAAAUAAAAGAGACCAAAACCCUAAAAACCUCGUUUUCCUCUCACCCUCACGUGCCCCACGCGCCACUUAUUCUUCUUCUUCUUCACGCCUGCUCGUCCCCCUCUCCACAGCUCAGUGUCGCCGCCGCCGCCGCCAUCGUAUUUCUUCUGCUCGUGCGGCCGGACCCUCCUUCUUAGUGGGCUGGCACUGCUUUUUCUACUCUAUUGUUGUUACUGAUAACAUUGGAACAUGACUUGAACAUAGAAGCCGGGCAUCUUUUCAGUUUUUCCAUAGAAGUAUUCAACAAUAUUCCAAUGGUGAAGCAAUUAGUUCGUAAACGAGGAGUCAGCGAGGCCGAGGAACUUGAAGUUUUCACGGAGCAAUCUAACUAUGAAAAUUUGUUAAUGCAAUUACGAUCAUGUAAUAAGGAUGUUGCUGCUUCAUGUGUGAAAAGACAAAGACAAGAAGAAGGAAAAAGUGACACAGAGGAUGAUGAGGAUGACUGUUCUGAAUCUUCUAGUGCAUUAGAGGAGGAGGAAGAAGAAGAAGAAGAAGAAGAAGAAGAAGAAGGAGGAGGAGGAGGAGUGACUGAUGAGGGGUUUCGUAGAAGUCCAUCUUUCGGGAACACUAUGUAUGAGCCAGUGCCAAACGUUGAAAUUGAUGAUGACUCUGAUAGCUCCGACAUUGAUAAGGAGAAUGAACUUGAAGUUGGUUCUCACGGUGACCCUUCUACAUCAGAGAGAACUAGUUCUUUUAACAAACACAUGGAGCACAAGUUAUCUAAAGAAGAGGUUGAGAAUUUCCUCAAAAUGAAAUGGAAAUAUACAUGGGCGGUUCCUGCAGUAGGAAUGUCAAACUGCAAGUGGUCAGGUACCGGAGAGUGCUUUUUAGAGGAACUCGACGUUAAAUCUAGUAAUUAUGAUCUUAAGCUAAGGUUAUAUGAGCACUGGUUGGAUAUGUACAAGACAUCUGGAGGCACUGACUUCCAUUCGUCGAGACAAAGAUCUUUCUUUUCCUUUUGCAACAGCUACCGGGAUAUACUGUACUGCAACAAGAAACCCUUUUAUUUGAAAGGUCUUGAAGAGGACUCGAGGAUCGUGGAUUCAUAUAUUAUGCAUUCCUUGAAUCAUGUUUUCAAAACUAGAGACCUCAUCAUGAAGAAUGAUUCUAAAGUAGCCAAGCAUCAAGACUGUGCUGAGAUUCUUAGUGGAGAGAAAUUUCUUGAUCAUGGAUUUACUCGUCCAAAGGUUCUGAUUUUAUUGCCCCUUGCAAGCAUUGCACUUCGUGUAAUUAAAAGGCUUUUGCAUCUUACCCCAUCAGCAAACAAGGUUACAGUGGAGCAUCUUGACCGUCUAUACAAAGAUUUUGGAAAUGGAGAUGUUGGGAAGAACGAAGAUAUGGUUGAAUUAUCUCUUAAUGACCAGAGUUCCAGCUCUCAAAAAUCUUCAAAACCUUCUGACUUUCAAGCACUCUUUGGUGGGAAUAAUGAGGAUCUCUUUAUGAUCGGUAUCAAGUUCACCAGGAAGAGCAUUAAGUUGUUCAGUGAUUUCUAUUCAUCGGAUAUCAUUGUUGCUUCUCCCCUUGGUCUGAUAACAAAACUUGGCGAAAUAGAGCAAAACAAGGAGAAAGAUGUCGAUUAUCUUUCUUCCAUUGAGGUUCUAAUCAUUGAUCAUGCAGAUAUUAUAGCAAUGCAGAACUGGUCCCAUGUGAAUACUGUUAUUGAACACAUGAAUAAGAUACCCUCGAAGCAGCAUGGAACUGAUGUGAUGCGGAUAAGGCAGUGGUAUCUUGAUGGAUAUGCAAGGUUAUAUAGGCAGUCGAUAGUUUUGGGUUUCCACUCAAACCCUGAUAUAAAUGGGUUUUUCAAUCGCUACUGCAACAACUUCGAAGGAAAGGUGAGGUUGUUAUGUGAAUACAAAGGCAUCCUUCCAAAAGUUGUGCUCCAAGUGCGGCAGGUGUACGAAAGAUUUGAUGCAGACUCUAUAGCUGAUGUUGAUGAUGCUCGUCUUGAAUACUUUUCUAAGAAGGUGUUUCCAAAGAUAAACGAAUCUAGUCAGGGUGGAGUCAUGCUAUUCAUUAGUUCUUACUUUGAGUUUGUCCGAGUUCGGAACUUUUUGAAGGCGCAGAACGCUUCAUUCUGUCUCCUUGGGGAGUAUACAAAGCAAAGUGAUAUAUCACGAGCGCGAAAUUGGUUUUUUGAGGGAAAGCGGAAGAUCAUAUUAUACACAGAGAGAGCUCAUUUUUAUCACAGAUAUAAGAUUCGUGGCAUACAAAACUUAAUAAUGUAUUCCCUUCCAGAGAGGAAAGAGUUUUACCCCGAGAUUGUAAAUAUGCUUGAUGAAUCCCAGAACAUGACAUGUAGGGUUCUAUUUUCUCCUUUUGAUCAGCUCCGGCUGGAGAGAAUAGUUGGAACUGUAACAGCAAAAAGGAUGGCAACAUCAGAGAAAAAAGUCUUUAUAUUUUGCUGAAGUCCAAUUUAGCUGCCAUCAAGCUUGCUGAAGGAUAGGAACAACCAUGUGACGAUCUCUAUAAAAUGAAAGAAUGCUAUGUUCCUUAAUUUCAAAAUCUCUUUGCGGUGAAGAGUCAGUUCUGUUUAUUCUUUGGCCCUCCAAUUAAGUGAUUUUUUUUUCAUAAUUUCUGAUUGUUAUUUUUAUGUAGUAUAUGUAUUUGAGAUUUUUUUAUGUUUAUUGUCAAAGUUGAGGAAGAAACGAAUUUUUAUGUAGCUUCAAAUUUUCAAACAUUAUGAUUCCACAAUAAACUGAAUCAUAUUCUGUAACAACUAAUGUUUAGAAGUAAGUAAUAUUUAGAGUUCGAGCAAUUCUUUUUCAA